AUGACGAAAUAUUUACAGAAAAGGGAAGAAGAAGAACAGACCCUGGACUGGGGUAUAUACCGGCCCCGCGAGCCCCUGAGUGUUGCCUGCUGUUCUCGCGCCAGGAGCACAUUGGCCGCAUCUCGACCGAGUACAAGGUCAACAACGGGGCCUGCUCCCACCUGUGCCUGGCCCAGCCCGGCAGACGGCAUAACCUGUGCAUGCCCCACCCACUACCAGCUGGCCAAGAACGGGGUCUCCUGCAUGAACUACAUCAUCUUCAGCCAGAGGAACAGCUUCGGCCGACUGCUGCCGAACACGACAGACUGCCCGAAUGUGCCGCUGCAAGUGUCCGGCAAGAAUAUCCGAUUUCGCAUUAAAUUUACUGGAUCGAAGGCAGGAGUCACAGCAUCAAGCGUUCUCUGGCAAAUGGCACAAAGGUGAGCCUCUUGGCCAACUCCGGACAGCCCUUCGACAUUGCAAUCGACAUCAUUGAGCGGCUGCUCUUCUGGACCUGCUCCUACUCCAACAGCAUUAACGUGACCAUCCGCACAAUUGUGUUCCUAAAGCGUUGCCGUUUUUAGCUGCCUGGGUGAAUCCGUAGGCGUCAACGAUACCGGGGACUCGGAAAAGCCUCGCAAGACAAGACCGGAGUGGAUC